AUGGCCGUGGCGGCCUCCCCCGGACUGGGGAAGAGGAAGGACCCUCCCCCGGAGACGUGGCCGACCGGGGCCGACGGCGACGGCAGGUGGAUCUGCUUCGUGCGGCAUGCGCAGGCCCUGCACAAUGUGUACGACGAGAACCUGUGGACGCCAGACAACCCCCUGACCGAGGACGGCCGGGCGCAGUGCGAGUCCGCUCGCGAGGAGUGGGGUGGGAAGCUGUUCGCGGGCGCGGAGCUGGUGGUGUCGUCGCCGAUGACCCGAGCGCUGCAGACGGCGGACCUCAUCAGCGGCAGCAGGGGCGACCUUAACUGGAUGGUUACCCCGAUGUGCUCCGAGAAGCUCAGUGGCGCGACGUGCGACGAGGGCAGAAAAAAGAGCGAGGUGGUGGAGGAGCUGCCGUGGAUGGCCUCCUGGAACGGAGUUGCGGAGCUCGACGACGAAUGGUGGAAGGACGACAGACCGCCGGAGGAAGAGCGCGUGAUUGCUUUUCUGGAUUUUUUGGAAAAGCGCGAGGAGAAGAGAAUAGUCGUCGUGUCCCACGGUGCCUUUCUUGAGUACAUCGUCGGGUAUCACCUCCACAACGCACAUCACCACCUGAUGCCGGUCACAGAGUUUCGCGGAAUCAGGCAGAGAUUGAGCCGGUCGACGUUCAACCUCGGCACGUGCAUGGUGCGCGAGUACGAGGAGACCCCGUUGCACGACCUGCUUAAGGCCCCCCUCACUUGCUUCAAGGGCAUCGGCAAGAGGAAGGCAUCGCUCCUGAGUUCUCUGGGCGUUCAGACGGUGGAGCAGCUGGCGCGGUGGAAGUAUGCGAAGUGGGCCGAGUCCAUAUGCCUCCUGGCUCCCGAGGAGAAAGAGGGGGGCCGCGACGUCAGCCACACGGCCCGGAGGAUCAACAUCAACAAGGCUCUCGAUAAGGAGUGGGAGGGCUGGGCCAUGUCGUUUCUGCUCGAGGCGCCGCCGUCUGCGUUCGAAGGUCUCAGCGAGAAACACAACCCCACGUUCAAGGCCCUCGGCAUCUCGAACAUCCAGGAUUUCGGCCAGUGGAACGUUUUCAAGUGGGCCAGGGCGUUGGCGGGCACGCUUUCCGAAGUUGAGUCGCUGGACGGACAGUCGUGA